CAAUAGAUAGAUACCAGCAUAUCUCUACCAUGUCAGCCUGAAGUUAUAGGCCUUAUAGGCCUGUAACAGUCUGCUACUUUGAUACAGAGAGAAGAGAGAGUGUAUGUGUGAGUAUUCUGUAUCUGGGUCUUUAUUGCCAGAGCCUAAAAGGGUGAUAUCUUUAUAGGCAUUGAGUUUUUAAAGCCUGAGCUUUGAUGGGUUUCUUCUGUUUUAAUCCUUGGUACUCUGUGAAGGAUGUCAUGGCUAUGAUAGCUGUGCUAUGCUAUUACCUUUUGCUUCUUUUCUUGGGUUUGAAUUUCUCCCUUGUUACUGGGAGUUAUUACAUCAAGUGCAGUGGGGGAAAGAAUGUUAAAUGCUAAAGUUGGUGGUGGUUGAAUAGAAGAAGUGUAGGUGGUGAAAGUAUUUGGCCAUGGCGUCAACUUCUUGUGCCAAACAGAGUCCACUGCCUAUGAAGGAACCACGCUCUACUUAUCAUUCAUAUCCAACUCCUCGAUAUGAGGAUAUUGUGGCUAGCCCGAAGCUCUUCAUGUCUACUCUUGAGAAGCUUCAUGCUACUAUGGGAACCAAAUUUAUGAUCCCCAUUAUUGGAGGAAAGGAGUUAGAUUUGCAUCGGCUCUUUGUGGAGGUUACUUCUCGUGGUGGUAUUGAGAAGAUUAUUAAGGAGAAAAGAUGGAAAGAAGUUACAGCUAUUUUCAACUUUCCUUCCACAGCUACGAAUGCGUCGUUUGUGCUGCGCAAAUACUAUGUUUCAUUGCUUCAUGAUUAUGAACAAAAUUACUAUUUUAGAUCCCAGGAUUCUCGGCAGAGCCCAUCAACAGCCCCAAUACCAGCUCAAGGGACAGUGCAGCCAUCAUCAGAUGUUCAAACCCCUGUUAUCCAACAACCGAAGAUUAAUUCUGCUGUGUUGCCUACAGCAAGACCAGCAUCAACUUCAGGAUAUCCGGUGAUAGGGGUCAUUGAUGGAAAAUUUGAAAGUGGGUAUCUUGUUACCGUCACUAUAGGCUCGGAGAAGCUAAAAGGUGUUCUCUAUCAGUCUCCACAGGACCCUGUACAGCAAAUGCAACAUUCUCAUAAUGUAAACACCAACAAUUCUGCCAAUGCUCAUGCUGUCUCUGGAAUACAACGUCGCCGUCGCAGGAAGAAAUCAGAGAUUAAGAAGAGAGAUCCUGCUCAUCCAAAACCUAACAGAAGUGGGUAUAAUUUCUUCUUUGCUGAGCAACAUGCAAGACUGAAGCCACUUCACCCAGGGAAGGACAGGGAUAUCAGUAGAAUGAUUGGUGAAUUGUGGAAUGCAAUUAACGACUCAGAAAAGGCUGUUUAUAAGGAGAAAGCUCUUAAAGAUAAAGAAAGAUACAGAAUAGAGAUGGAGGAUUAUCGGGAGCGAUUGAGGACAGGUCAAGUCGUCAGUGAUGCUAUACCGCUACAACAGCGUCUUCCUGGAAAAGAGGUAUAUGUGGUUGAAGCAGAAAGAAAGCUUGACAAAACUGGAGAAGAUUCUCCUCAAACUCCAGAAAAUGAUAGUAGCUCUGGUGAAAGUGAUUUUGAAGAUGAUAAGACUGCAGAAAAGGAUUUGAUUAUUGAGGCAUCUAAAGUAGUGGGAGUAGGUGCUGAAUCUGGGAAUGUUGGUGUCGAGGAUUCAGCUGAGGAGCCCCCUUUCAAGCAGGCUAAGGUUGACGAUAAUGUUGGACAUAAAAGCAUUGAUAGAGUUGGUGAUGAUAUUUUGAGAGACGAUGAUGAUGUUUUGAGAGACGAUCUUGUCGAAAAAGCUGGUAAUGAAGUUGGAGAAAGCUUAGCGUUUAGCUGAUACAUGGGGCGAGACAUCAGCUAAUGAUGCAUGGCUCAUUGUAGUUUAGAUUCACUUUGCCUGCUAAUUGUAGCUUGCUUAGCGUAGUUCCUAUUUUAGAUAAAAGAAGACAGUUUUAUCUCUUUGAAUUUAAGUUUCUAUAGUAGUAGUUGUUUCAAUUGUAGAGACUGCAUUGCUGUGAGGAAUAGUGUUAUUUAUUAAGAAGGGAGCAAGGUGAGAUGUUUAGCCGAUUCGAGGCAGUUUUGUAGUUAGAAAUGAUAUGAUGUGGUUGUUGAAUUAAGAUUAUGGAUCAGACAGACAGCUUUGCAGUUAUUAAAAUCAGUGAAUAU